AUGGCGACGAGGGUGCGGCGCCGUGCAGCGUGCGCCCUGGCGCUCCUCGCGCUGCUCUGCGGCUGCUGCUGCCCCUCGUUUGUCUGCGGAGCGGCGAAGCCCCCUGCUGCCCCUGCCACUGCAAGGCGUAAACAUCCACCUGAGCCUUUGCCGGAGUUUCUGCGAAAAGGAUGGCAGGGGGUGAAUGUGUCGGUGGAGGUAUCCUGCGCGGACAGUGGCAACAAGUUAAGUUGGCGCUUCUCUAGCACGGCUGCGUGGACGAAGUGUGCGGCCGCGGUGGGAGGUCUUGACUACACAAUUCUCGGGGAGGACUCUGCCGCGGAGGAGGUGGAGGAUGUUGUUACCAUUGACGUCGUUUCGGUGGGCGCGUCUCCGCACGGAGCAGGCGACGGCGGUGUCAGUGAGCCCCUCUGCCUCUCCGCCGAAUCGCUGUACGCGACUGCGAACUGCAAGGCGAGCUGCGGCAGUGACAAAGAUGGGCAGACCGCGUUCACGAUGAACUUCCCGACGCAUGCCGGCAGCGGAGUGCACAAGAAGUGGGAGGAGGCUAAAACCAACCUCCGACAGUCCGUCUCCUCCUGCCGCAGCCGGGGGCGCACUUGGCAAGCCAGGCGUUUGCCCGUUAACAAUCCCCGCGGGAGACCCAGCUGGAAAGGCUGGCGGUGCGCCUGA